GCUUUCCGAGCGCGUAUUCGGUCAAAGUAAGGCGGCGCGCCGGCUAGCGCGCUCGCCUGCCGUUCGGCUUGAGCUAAUAGCGUCCCUUGCAAUAACAUCAUCAAUAAAAUGAUGCCUAACCAACAGUUAAAUAAAACUGUGCGACAUCUCAACUUGUCAAUUUAUUUGUGUCUUUUAUUUUUUGUGUGAAAGUCGCGCCGAGUAACCGCUGUGUCUUCCUUUGUACGUUAAGCGAUUGAUUGUUCGAAGUACACUGAUUGUUUUGAUGAGGUGCGGUCGCUUUACGAGAAAUCGGAUAAACGCCGCAAUGCCAUAAUAGGUCUAUUAAAAAAGCAAUAAAAAGAUUAAAUGUAGAAACCCCGUAGUAUUAGUGACGCUAUAAAAAGUGCUAAAAAUCUAGUCGUAAUUCUUAGAAAUUCUUCCAUAUUAAGUCUAGAGUAGACGCGACGUUUAGAAAGUGGAAAAUGUUUUUUAAACUAGCGGUAAUAGAGUUGAUAUCGAAUUCAAUUGAAUUCGAUCGCUGUAGUUAUAUGGUGUCGGUCGGUGGUGAUUGUGCGUAGGUUCAUAUUAAAUCGUGAGAAUAAUGAGCAUGAAAAAAUGCCACAACGCGCGUCGUCUUCGUCCAACUUGAUGCGUCCUUUUGUGGUGUUGGCCCUGCCCGGGAUGUAUUUGCUGUACAAGUACAACCAGUAUCGACAACAGCAAAUGGAGACCGCACGGCGACGGGUCACCGAGCGUGAGCUGAUGCAUCUCAAUACUAAAAUCGAUAAAUUGCUCAAUAAACUGGAGGAAAAUGAGCCUGAAUUAGCUUCAUCGCCCGAGGAAGAAUGCGUAAUUUGUGUGAACGCGAAAGCUACGAUGCAGACGUCGCCUUGCGGCCACCGCGUGGUUUGCAGACGGUGCUUCGUGAAGACCAUACAGAUGGCGGUGAGCCAGCGCUUGCUGCCUCUGCGCUGCGUCAUCUGCCGUGCCAAGAUAUUGCGGCUGAGACAAGCGCCCCGGCUCGUUACCAGCAAGAGUUGGCAAGUAUCGAGUACCAACAGCAAGUCAUGGGGCGUGCCCGGCUCGGUGUCGAGCUACUCUGUGGGUGCCCGUUCAGUGCCCGCCUCGGCCUCACUCUAUUCCGUCACCAGCGGUGAAUCUUCCCUCUCCGGAGUGUCUUCCGUUUCGUCGAAUAGUGGUGGUAAUGUAAGCAGCAGCUGUACGACCAAAUUAUGUGGUGGAAGUAAAUGUGGUGGGGCUUGUCUUGGAGCCGUCCCCCGACCACCGUCUGCUUCCGCGCCGCCGAAGCCACGCCAGCCAGCCUCGAAUUCUUUACGACGUUCACAACACCAUAGCAUGAAGGCUAGACUUCAAGAAUACCACAGUUAUACGGGCGGACCUGCAGGAGAGCCUUCGGGGCGACUUCCUCCUAUUAGAGAAUUCCAGAGAGAGUUCCGCGAGGGAAGACGCGACAGUGCGACUACUUCUUGUGCCUCUACUAGAAUAAGGUGCGCACAGAAAAUAGUGACACAGCUAGAAACUUCACCACAGAUAGACAAACAACAUUUCUUCCGACCUCAAAAACCUUCAAAUAAAGACGAUUCCCCUAAAUCUAGAGACCAUAGCAAAGAGACUGACAAGAAAAAAGAUAACCCCAAAACAAAGCCC